CCACAGUGAGAGCUUCUUGCUUAUAAUAAAGGUAAAGCUUGCUUGCACUAGCUAGAAGCCUAGAACCCACCUUGUCUAUGUAAUCAGAAUUCAAAAUCCCACUCGCACCUGCCAUUGCCGAAUGAGCGAAAGGACCCAGAUGAGGAAUAUCAAAAAAUGGAUGGACCAAAAAACAGAAUAACAAAAAAUUAGAAGCAGAUUUCUAAAUUCCGUCUCCACGUUACACAAACAAAAAAAUGUCACUCUCUUAUCUAUCCCUUCCAUCAUGUCCAGGAGGAGGAGUGUUCCUUUUGGCUCCUCUUCUUCUGUGCCCUCUAGUCUAGGGUUUUUUCCUUUUCCUUAUUUACUCUAAAACUAAAAUAAAAAAAAUAAAAAGAAAACAGCAGCAGCAGUAAGUAGAGAGAGAGAGAGAGAGAUGGCGUCGAAUUCUGCAAAUCUAUGGGUGUUAUUAGGAUUAGGACUGGCUGGGAUUUUGUUAAUGACUAAAAAGUUUAAGAAAUCUAUUAUUAGACAAGAUUUUGGCGCUUUUAUCGAGAAGCUUCUGCUAGUUCCUCCGCCGCAGCCCCCUCCUCCUAAAGCUCCUCACCCUCUCACCGCCCUCACCUUCGCCGUCUCCGACUUAUUUGAGAUAGAAGGAUAUGUGAGUGGAUUCGGUCAUCCAGAGUGGGCGAAGACACACCAGGCAGCUUCACGAACCUCUCUUGUAGUGUCAACUCUUGUUGACGGAGGUGCUACUUGCGUCGGUAAAACUGUUAUUGAUGAACUUGCUUAUAGUAUUCAUGGAGAAAAUAAGCAUUAUGGUACACCUAUCAAUCCUGUUGUGCCUGCACGAGUACCUGGUGGAUCCUGUAGUGGAGCUGCUGUGGCUGUGGCUGCUAAUCUGGUUGACUUUUCUUUGGGUGUUGAUACUGUCGGUGGUGUGAGAGUUCCUGCUGGAUUUUGUGGUGUCAUAGGAUUUCGACCCUCAUAUGGAGCUAUUUCAAAGACAGGAGUCUUACCUGUUUCGGCCAGUCUUGACACUGUUGGUUGGUUUGCUAAGGAUCCUAAUAUUCUACGACGUGUUGGUCAUGUUCUUCUUCAACCUGCUUUUGGAGGUCAACGUAGUCCUAGGCAAAUUAUAAUGGCAGAGGACUGUUUUCAAUUACUAAAGAUUCCUGUUGAUAGAGUUGCUCAGGUGGUGGUUAACUCAACUGAAAAGCAUUUCGGAAGACAAGUUUUGAAGCAUGAAAUUCUUGACGUGUAUCUGAAUUCUAAAGUUCCAAGCUUGAAAGAGUUCCAUAACAAGAAAAAAAAUGGUGAUGUUAAAACUUCUUCAAUAAGAUUGCUUGCAUAUGUCAUGCAGCUUCUUCAUAGAUAUGAGUUCAGAAGCAAUCAUGAGGAAUGGAUUAACACAGAAAAGCCAAUUCUUGAACCUGAUUUCUCAGCACAGAUGAAUGAAAUAAUGAAGAUAUCAGAGGCAGAGAUUGAACUCUGCAAGUCAAUUAGAGAAGAAAUGCGUUUGGCUAUCAACUCUCUAUUGAAGGAUGAUGGGAUACUGGUGGUCCCUACAAUGGCUUAUCUUCCUCCAAAACUUGAUGGGAAGGAGAUUUUAUCUGAAGAAUAUAAGAGCUCUUCAUUUAGUCUUUUGAGCAUUGCUAGCCUAUCAGGUUGCUGUCAGGUCACUGUGCCAUUAGGAUAUUACGACAAGUGUCCUGUUUCAGUGUCCUUGAUAGCCAGGCAUGGAAAUGAUCGCUUUUUACUAGAUACACUGCAGACCAUGUAUGCAUCUCUGCAAGAACAGGCAGAGACACAUGUGAAAUCUAAAUCAAGGAACACAGACAGCGGGGAAAAUUCUGCUGAGAUGGCUAAAGAAAAGGGCAAUCAAGCAUUUAAGGAGAAGCAGUGGAAGAAGGCUAUUAGCUAUUAUAAUGAAGCUAUCAAACUUAACGACAAGAAUGCAACAUAUUACAGUAACAGAGCUGCAGCAUAUCUUGAACUGGGAAGUUUCCAUCAAGCUGAAGCAGAUUGUUCAAAGGCUAUCAACCUUGAUAAAAAGAAUGUAAAGGCCUAUUUGCGAAGAGGGACAGCAAGAGAGAUGCUUGGUUAUUACAAGGAUGCAAUUGAAGAUUUCAAAUAUGCCCUGGUCCUUGAGCCAACUAAUAAAAGAGCAUCCCUUUCUGCUGAGAGAUUAAGGAAAGUUUUUCCAGUAGGUUAUUGAAGCAAAAACAAAAGUUUCUGGGACGGGAGAAGUUUUGAAUUUAGUUUCAUACAGCAAAGCUUUGGUUGGUGACUCAAAGCCGAUGACCCCAGUUAAGUAAUGAUACUUGAUAGAUGCAAUUUUAUGCUUGAUAUUUUUAUGGGGUGUUUUUUGUGGGUAGAGAGAAUCCUUCAUGUGGAGGUAAUAGAGGUCAGGCGAAAUUUAUUAUUUGAUCCGAUAGGACAUUUUGGAGCGGUGGAAAAAUUGUUGUCAAAACUUGUAAUUAUAUUCCAAUUUUGUUGUUUAAAUAUCCACGUCAGGCUUUUAUUUCUA